UUCUCCGCCAGGCUUCUGGCUGAGGCGCAGGCGCAAUGGAGCGCUCCAUCUUUCUAUCCCAACAAGCCCAGAGAGAGUCAGGAGAGGCAGUUGAUGGGGAAGCGUUUUAUUUUUAUUUUUAAAGGGACAGAGCCUAAUUUCAACCAGCUCAAAUCUGCUAUUCGGUCACCCUUAGCCUUCGAAGAACUCACUGGGUCAGGAUAAAUGGGGGAAAUGGUUGUUAGGUUAUUAUAUUGAGGUGGAAAAAGCCAGAAACCCCUUCUUUUUCCUCUGUCUCCAGCUCCUUCACAGCACACAACCGUCUGCUCUCCUGUGUCUCUGGCCCUGGCUGGAGACAUUGCACAGUGGAAAGGGACCUCGGUCCACAUAGAAUAAAAAAAACUUCAUUCUUUUUGUGCGCCCUGGUCGUCAUUCAAUUGUCUGGUGCAAUGGAAGAAUAUCAAAGGUUUCCCACGUGGGGGCCCUCUGUUUUAUGCCUUAAGACCACCGCAGCAGCAGGACCGGAGCCUGGCGAAGUGGCCGGUGUUAAGUGGCUCCUUGGAGAGUUGUAGGAACAGUUGCUGAAGGCACAGCCAAUGUCCGAUCCGAUCGCUUUCUGACCAGCUGACCUACUGUCUUCAGGAUUUGAGGAUUUAGGCCUACAUCCUGUUUUUAACACAAGAGAAGCCUUUUACCCUUCCUUUCCCAGGCACGAAUAACAGUUUCAAGACAGUGUUCCACCCUUUUCACAGAAUUUGCACCAUCUUUUCACGAAUUAGUGGCUAUUGGUAAGAGGCCAUGAGAAAGCUGCAGCUCUACCUGCUGUCCGUGUGUGAGCCGAGGCCAUGAGGAGCUCCGCGGGCGGGAUCGUCGGCCGGCGCUCUCUUCAUUAGACAUGAGAGCUCUCCAGACUGGGCCGCAGCAGCUCCACGCACCGUGAGGACCUCCUCCCACCGUCCCCUCGCCCAGGCCUUCACGCCUCCACCAUGCUCUCGCGGGAAUGAGACGCCCCCCAUGUCAUCUAUGUAGGCUCUCAUCUACGUAGACCCUCACCCCCCCUCCCCCUUCCCCGCCCCCCUUCCCCCUUCCCCCUGCCCCCCUCCUCCUCCUCCCCGGUCCGUUUCAGGCCCCCCCAGGGGCGCCUAACUCCUGGCGUUGACGAGAGAGGAUGCUGGGAACUCCCUGCGCUGUUUAACAUUAAAACGGAAAAAGGACGGCGAUGAAGGGUCGCGGAGGCUCGGUUCCACUGUGAACCAGUCUCCCGCUCCCCCGCCGCCCCCCCCAGCCGGCACAGGUAUCCCCACGAAUUUGACAGUGGAGCUACAGUGCUGGGGUGGGGCCCCUCCCUUUUGGAAGUCCGUGAUGACAUGUAGUGCAAUGACACCGAUGGACCAGUGAUAUCCCUGAGGUGUCCGAAACACAACCAGAACUAUGAAUGGAGGAAAAGACUGCGAGGGAGGGGAGAGGGAGGGGCUUCCGCCCUUUGCACAGGUGCCCAUUGGAUGGCAGCGCAGGGUCGAUUGCAGUGGAGUCGUCUACAUAAGUCCAAGUGGCUCGGUCCUCUCCUGUCUGGACCAGGUAAAGAGCUACCUGCUUACCGAUGGAACCUGCAAGUGUGGCCUGGAGUGUCCCCUAAUCCUCCCUAAGGUGUUCAACUUCGAUCCCGAGGCCGCCGUCAAGCAGAGGACUGCGGAGGACGUGCAGGCCGACGAUGACGUCACCAAGCUCUGCAUGCAUAAGAGGAAGAUCAUCGCCGUGGCAACUCUGAACAGGAGCAUGGAAUCGCCACACCCUUCUCUAGUUCUGACCAGUCCGGGCGGCGGAACAAGUGUAACCCCAUUGGUCCCCCCGCAUUCGGGGGCCCCGCGAGCAAUAAGGAACAAGCUGCACGAGGGUCCGCCCGGCUCUUUAGGCCCUGACUGCAGGAACCCUUUCCGGAUGAUCAUGGCCGGCCAGCGCCACUACCAGCCGGAGCAGGAGAUGUUUGCGGGCCACCCCCGGGCGAGGCUGGCAAGCGCAGAGCCGGGCCAGAGGUCCCCGUACCGCCAGGCCUCCAUGAUGAGCCCGGCCUCUUACCGGGACGGCUCGCUGUCCCCCAGGACAGAUCCCCUGGGCAGCCCCGACGUGUUCAGCCGGAGCUUUUCCGGAAGCUUCCACGGCGCCGGCAGCCCCAGCCCCCUGAACGGCAACGGCAGGCCGGCGCUCUCCUCCCCGCCGGGCCUCUCUCACCAGGGCUCGCCCGCCUCCCAGUCCUGCGUCCUGGCAGGAAGGACUAACGUGCCCCUCUCCCCCACGGUUUCUGCCAAAAGCCCCAUCAUGAAGAAGCCGGCCUGCAGCGGCUUCCCCCCCAGCAUGGAGCCGCCUCGCGGGGUCUACCACCACCAGCCCCCGCCGCCCUCCUGCGCCCUCCAGAAGCAGCAGGUCACCUCGGAGAAGGACCCGCUGGGGAUCCUGGAUCCCAUCCCCAGCAAGCCGGUCUGCCAGAGCCCCGCGGUGGCCCUGAACCCCAACUUCCAGCCCGGUGUCCACUCUCAGGUACCAGCCAUGAAUGUAAACAUGCCCCCGACCAUUGUACCCCUGCGCAGCAACCUCCCCCUGCCCACGGUCAAGCCCGGGCACGCCAACCCCGCCGGACACGCGCAGAGGGUCCAGCACAUGGCCUCCGUCUCUCCUUCGCCGGUCACCUCCCCCAUACACGCCAUGGGGCCGGCCUUGGGCAGGAUGGAGGCGUCACCGCAGAGGUCCCGCUCCUCCUCCUCCUCCUCCGACCACGGAAGCUUCGCCAUGCUCCCCGGGCCCCAGGCCUCCUGCGGGGGGGCCAAGGUCCCGCCGAGGUCCCCCCGACCUUCCGUGGCCCCCAGCCCCUCCGCCAAGCCCGACGCCCUCCACCAGUACAAAGACGUGUCCGGCCAGCUGCUGUCAGGCAUGAACAGCACGCUCAGCGGACAGUCCGGUGCCGUUUUCCCGGCAUCAAAAAACCACGCGGGCCUGCUCGGGAUGCCGCUGAACCACAUCCUCAAUCAGCAUAACUCCUCCUCCUUUCCUGCCAGCAGCCUUCUCUCUGCAGCUGCCAAGGCCCAGCUGGCCAAUCAGAGCAAAACGCUAGGCAGCAGCAACGGCGGGGGCGGGCCAGGCGCUUGCGGCAACAGCGCAAACCCCUCUUCCGUGGGAGGAAACCCAGAAGGCCACGCGGUUUCGAACAGCAUGCCCCUGGGCGUGAGCGAGGGGCAGAGCGGCCGGGCGGCGCUGCGGGACAAGCUGAUGGCGCACCAGAGGGACCCGCUGCGGAAACGCAAGCUGCCCAACAGCGUCGCCCGCGACGACGGCGGCUUUGCCGCGCUCAAGUCCCACAUGGGCGGGGCCCGGCCGCAGGGGGCGGCGGAGCAGCUGAGGAAAGCGCGGGCGGGCGGUCUCCUGCCCAACACCUCCAUGGCGCAGCUGCUGCAGUCCAUGAGCUACCAGAGCUCCCAGCUGGCGGGAAACGGCGCUCCCGUCUGUCAGUCCGGCCAGCCCGGGGGGACUUCCACCCAGCUGCACUUUCGGGACGGGGUCGCACCUGCUGCCCCCCCACACCACGCCCUCCAGCCCGGCAGGGGGGACGGUCUGCACUGCCAGAGCGUGGACGGCGGUCUAAUGCACGCAGGGAGCCGCGAGCAGUUCGGGGGUCUGAUGGACCAAGGGCAUCCCUCGUCUCUGGGUCCUUGUGGGGCACUGGGACAGGGCGGUCAGGCGCCCCGCCGGAACUGCUCCCUCGGUCACCGCGACCCCCACCUGCAACAGGUGGCCCACCGCCAUCACCAGCCGCUGCAGGGCCAGCCCCACUCCCUGGGGCAAGUUACGGUAGCGACCAUGGCACCCAACGCCAACGGAGGCAGCUGUAACCAAGCCAUGUCCGAAACGGGUGACAGCCUGAACAGCAGCCUGCGUGACCAUCAGUUCGGCAACCUCCAGGCCCACGUGGCCAACAACGGGCCGUUCCCGCAGCAACCGCCCCGGGCCGUGCAGGCACACCAGGGGGUCCCAGGGUUCCGGGCCCCGCACCCUCUCCCCAACAACUCCUCGUCCAACCCCAUGGCCUGCCUCUUCCAGAACUUCCAGGUGGGCUUGUCCAAGAAUGUGUCAGUCUCCAGUACACAGACAUGUGCUACCAGAUGUGCCCAGUCUGGGAUGAUGUCACUUCCUGAGAUUUCGGGAGAGAAGAUUCGGAACAUCUCACACGAGCUGCGACCCCAGAGCAUGGGCCCAGGAGGCCCAGGGGGGAUGGAGGGCCUCCCGGGGGGUGGAGGAGAAUCGGUGGACACCAUCUAUAGGGCGGUGGUGGAGGCGGCAAGCCAAGGCGUGCCUGUGGUCAUCACCACCUCCGUCAGCAGCACCGCCCACGCCAGGCCCAUCCCCACUCCGACCGCGACGAGUGCCUUCACUGGCUCCUUGGAGGGUCCCGAGAACCUGCCCCAUCCCUGCCAGGAGCCCCUUCUCCCGGAGGCAGAGCCUCGGCCACAGCUCCGUCCCGGCCGACCACGGGCGGAGCAGCGCAAGAGCACCCCCGAUGGCGGGGAGGACUACUUCAGGUCUCCUGGUGCUCAGCGGAGGCAGUGGGAGAGAGAGGCGGCGUGCCACGCCCUCUCUUGGCAAGGGGAGGAGUUUCUGGAAUGUUCCGCCCAAGUCCGGGGCAGCCCCUGCACGGAAGGUUAUGGCGGCCUGACCCCCGGGCCACCCCGCCUGUCCGAACACCAGCAUGCGCGUCUGCCGCCCGGGGACAAGGCCUUCCUGGAGGACAGGUUCCGCUUCGACGCCUGCCAGAGGGCGGUGGUCGGUGGCGGUCCGAAGGAGCAGGCGGCAGACCGAUGCGCCCACAUGAACGGCGGGCCCCUCCUCCCGGGUAAUUGCUACGGCGACGUGCUGGGCCCCUCCAGGCACGAGCCCGUGUCUGAGGACCAGUCCCCCAGCUCCUCCACCAGCCUGGAGGGCUCCCUGCACAAGGACUACGCCCACUACAACGGCCACUACAACGGCUGCGCGGCCAGCCCCUCUGACAGGGAGGAGGACCUCCGGCAUCCCGACUCGCCCCUGUCCGGCGACCUCCUGCACUUCCGCCCCCGGGCCUUCCACAUGGGCCAACUGGUCUGGAGCCAGAUUAAGGGCUUCCCCCCGUGGCAGGGCAAACUGCUGGGGGAGGAGCAGAUGCGCCACUCCGGCCUGCAGAACAGCGAGCAGGGCAAGGUAGACCCAGGGAAGCUGAAGACGCUAACUCAAGACCUGGAGGCAUUCAACAGAGCUGCCAAGCGGAACAGGAGCAGAGGUGGGAAGUUAAAUAAUCACUUAGAAGCUGCUAUACAUGUGACCAUGAGCGAGCUGGACAGGAUGUCAGGAAGUGUUCACCAAAUGCCACCAAGAGACAGACAGCUGAAACCCCCCAAGAGGAGAAAGAUCUCCAGAUAACACUGAAUGUAUUGGUCCUCAAUUCAGUACACUGCUGUGGAACUGUGUGCACGCUGAGUUUUAACCCUCUGUCACAACCUCUGCCCGUCACAUGGUGCUACAAUCAAACAGUGGUACAGUAUUUCUAAAUCCUAUCCAGGCCCACCCCUUCUGAAACAGACAGAGGCUGGACAUGGUGGAUUACCCAAUCAGUGAACUGUUUAAGACAAUGCAUACAGUUGGUCAACAGCUUGCAGAAGAACCUUUUCUAGAAUACUUUAAAAAUGGGGGGAAAAAAAACAAUUGUGCGUACGACAAAAUAGACAGUCCAAAUAUUUCUGAUAGGUUUUCAGUAUGUAUAUAGAAAAUGAAGAAAUUUCAUGGUGAUAUUUAGAGGAGAUACUGUAAAUAGUGUACAAUAUUGUGAUGUACAAGCGUACCUAAUGCACACUUUAUCUUUUAUUGUACAAAACAAAGCAAAAUAUGUGUACAAAUUUCUUUUUGUUUUUAUUCAGUACACAGUCGAUAUGACUACCUGUGUAAAUGGGAUGAAUAAAAAGAGAUGUUGCCUGAAGCUUUUAUAUAAUUACGUUGAAAAUGUGCUGUUUUUUAACGGAACAGCUGGAGAACAGGCAUGAUUAUGUAAUCCCUUAAUUAUGACAGUUCACACCCGUUAGCAUUUGUUUCAUGUGUCCAAAAGGAAUGAAUUUUACCGGCUCAAAUCUAUUCUGGGUCGCCUCAAAAUCGGUCACCAGGAUGCAGGAGAAACAUCCCGGCUCCAUCCAGUGACUUCCGUGACUGCGUGAGCGAGGAACGCCACGUUAGAUGUACGCCGUUGGUCCAUUGUUCCUGUGAAGUUCUUGUGAAACACUUUCUUUGAUAGCAUAAAUAGCAUUUUUUCAGGUGAUGUGCAAGAAAACUCAUUGUCGUGUGUGCGUGUUAUCGAAGAAAAAAAGCCAUGCCAAGGAAGGACACUAAAAAAAAAUUAUGACCAGUAAUUUGUACUUCAAAAAGUAAAUCGCUUAUUUUUCUUGAAUAUUUUUGAUACAAGUAUCACAUAGGACAUUUACAAAAGGACUUCUGAGUGUUAAAUGCAUAUGUUUUGACAGAAUGGUAAGUAGUUCCAAUUUUUAAAGGUAAAGAUUUAAACUUGUAGUCCCGUUUAUACAGUAUGGCUUGCUCAUAUCCCAGAAUCCUGAACAAUUAAUCUACAAUUUUAUGGUCUGGACCCUAGACUGUGCUAGGCACAUUUUAGUACAUAUCGGUGUAUAUUUUACUGAUAUUUCUUGGUGUUCCUCUUCCCAGCAGUACAAAGGGAAAAAAUGUACAUGGUCCAAUAACCAAUUAUUUUUACAUCGGCAUUCAAUGUACAGGUUAAAUUAUCUUUACCUUUUAAAACUCUAAUUAAAAAGUUACCCAAAUAAGCAUGAGCGUGUAAAUGACCUAAGCCUUAUACGGAACACAAGAACCCCCAGUGACCAAAGCUUCACUUAUGCUUUGGAUUUAUUUAUUUUAACUCCAGUUAGGGGCCUUAAUUGCUUUUUUGUUUCGUUUUUUUGUUUUGGUUUUUUUGUCUCUGUCGUUACUGUUAAUGAUGAUGUUGUUAUUGUGGUAAAUUAUUAAUGUAUUCCAUAUUUAUUUGUAGUUAUAGAAUUAUAGUAGGUGGCAAUAAUACUUAAUAAGAGUUAAAACUCUGGAAAAAGCCUUAGAGUAUAUAUAUUUUUUUGUUACAAGAGCCUGUUUUACGAAUAGUGGUAAAUAAUUAUAUGUCUAUUUUUUUUUCUUUAUUUAAGUCUGUGGGCAUAUCAUUACAUGCAUUAUUCUAUUUUUAUGAUAUCACUACUUUGGUAGCGUAUGCUGAGUUGUCAUGGCAAGAACCAUUAGCUUCCAUGAAACUGGUGAAAAUCAAGGAGAACUGAUCUUUCAGGCUUUUGUGGGAACACCAUUUUAUAUAUGAGGAAACAGACCUGUUCUAUAGACUGACUUGUUUAAUAGAUUGAUUACAUCUGUAAAAUUAGGAUAAUCAACUUUUUUUUUCUUUGAGGCUUUUAUAUACUGCAUUUACUAGAACAGUGAAAAUAUGGUAAACUUGCUAUUGUGGCUGUCCAGCAUGGAAGCACUUCUGGAGAAUUUUAUUUAAAACCUGUCAAGCUGCAAUCGGCUUAUAUUAUGUUGAAACACAGAAAACGGAAAGAAAAGUUUUGAGAGUGUCAAGUCUGUGUGCUCAGUGAGGAAUGUACCACAAUGAUUGGUUGGGCCUUUUAUAUUACUGAAGGAACGCUAAAUAUUUCCCAGAGGAUCCAAAGGCAUCUUCUGGGAAAUAUUACAUGGGGUCGCUGAAGCAGCCACAGCAAAGCAGUCAGAGGACCGAGCCCGGGCUGUCCCACAGACAUGCGCUUGGAGACUGAUAUCAAAAGCGCCAAUCUAGAUCCAAGAAAUGAGGGAGGAGCUCCUGUUAGAGAAAGCCAAAGUGGUAAACUGUACGGGACAUUUCGGUCCACUGGGGGGCAGUAGAAACAUAGGUCACUGGUUAUCGUCAUCUGACCUCUUUCCUCCAAAAACCAAAUGUAAAAGACCUCCCCUUUAAAGAGAAUGAGGCAGAGGGUCAGGUGUGUUGAGCAGGUACUGUGUCAAAGGUCAGGGUUAACUUGAUAAAAUCAUGUCUCGUCCGUAACACUACACCAGAAUAUUACCCUGUUUUCUCCCUUAUAUUAAUAUUCCACCCACCUGAAUUAGCUUUUGUAAGACUGUUAGAGUUCCCAAAAUGAAAUACUUGCCAGUCAAGUGCAAUAUAACAUGUUCUGCAAAAUUGCAACAAAAUUGUCGAUCCAUGUCAUAGGGGUCAGCUAAAAAUAAGCCAGCUUCCUUUAAUCAGCAGCAACUCGACACCUAUAAAGUGAGUCAGUGCUUUGUACUCAAUAUCCCAUGAUGCAUCUGGAGGUCUUGCCAAAUGUCAGAUAACCAUACCCAAUAAGAUACUAUAGCACCGUUGGCAAAGUUCAUUCUUCACUUUGUGCAAUGACAUAGGGACCCAUUGCAGUCCCGUGUACAAACCCACAUCCAAGGUCUGUUGUUAAUUUCUGUCAUACAUCAUUCUGUUCAAAUGGAUGAUUAUGUCCAUUGCUAUGUUGAUUUGUUUUUGGAGAUGUGUAUGUGUGGUCGCACUAAUCUUUUUAUCGAUGGUGUGCUUGCGUGCGUGUUUGUAUUUGCGUGCGUGUGUGCAUGCAUGUUUCUAUAAAUAUUUUUUGUCCUCACCCUGUAAUCUUAUUUGGUAUGACCAAUGUUUUUUUUGUUUGUUCCCCCCUCCUCAGAUUUUAUUUUAAGCGUUACUAACUUUAUAUUAUUUCAACAAUGUAUACUUUACAAAUAGGAGGAUUUGUAAAGCAUUCUUCUGCACUUGAUUUCUCUGGUUGUGAAUAGUUGCGAAUAGCAUUGCCGUGGGUGCUAGGAGUAGCGUUCCAUCAAUUUUAAUUUUAUUUUAAUUUUGAUGUAUUCUUGUAAACUGCAUCUUAAUGUAAAUAUUGUGAGAGUUACAGGUCAUGCCGUGUUGUGACAUUUCAACAAUGUUGCACCAACAUACAAUUAAAAACUGGUCUCAUACUUGAAUUUUUUUGUUCGCCUAUUCUGGUAUAAAUUUCCCAUUAUACAUACUGCAUAUCAAAUCUACUUUUUAAAUCUGUUUUUCCUCCAUUUCUAUGGCCAAAAUUAUUUUAGAAAUAUGUGCUUAAAAUACAGAUUAUCAAAGUUGUGGUUACUUAUUCUUUAAUUGUUCUGUGGUGUUUUAACAUUUCCAAAGGGGUUUACAGAACAAGCUCUGUGUUGCAUUCAGUUGCAAUAAAAUCAUAAUGUAUCGAAUAUUCUAUCUGAA